GAAAGGAUACGCCUGCCUGAAGUGACAGCUAAGGAUCCAACAUCAUUUAAGUGAAAAGUGAAUACGUUUUGUAAUUUGGUGUUUGAAAGAAGUCUAAAGAAUUUUUUCAUUUCUGCAUUCAAAAUUCUGACAGGAAAAUACAACAGCCAUUCAUGGAUAAAGCAGAUCAUUUUCAUCAUUGUAAAUAUUUCGUCCUUCGUAAAAAAAGGUAUUGUAAAAUGACAGUGAAACUAGGUGAAGACUAUUGUGGAGAGCACCAGAAGGUAGACAUCAAAAUAUCUGGCGUACCAGAAGACAAAGUGCGGAUUGUAUGCCCCUUAGAUAAAAAACACACUUGCUAUGCACAUAAACUCGAAAAGCACUUGAAAAUAUGUAAUGCCAGAGCGAAAGCUACCCAGCCCUACUUAUCAGAAGGUAUAAACUGUGGUUUGAAUGGGAUGGAUGUAGAUGAUGAUGGAUUAGACUCCUAUAGACUAUUAUCUACAUUUUCUGUAGCUGAUAUCAAAGAAACAAUACUCAAAGUUAACAAAAUUUUUGAUACCAUUGUCUCAAAUGUAUUAUCAGAGAAAAUAUUGAGCAAUAAUGUUGUUGAAGAAGUGAUUGCUAAGCCAGAACAUGGGAAUAAGGCUAAAAAACAUCUGAUUCAGAACUCUUCAAUAUUAGGAUUGUUAGAGGAAUAUAAUUUGAUCAAACCAAAUACCUGCUAUAUUGAGUUUGGAGCAGGCAGGGGACAAUUAAGUUUCUGGAUUGCUCAAGCUGUAAACCCUGAAGACACUUCUUCAGUUUUGCUUAUAGAGAGAGCAUCACCAAAGCAUAAAAAAGAUAAUAAACUAGCAAGGAACUCUGAUUCAAUCAAAAGGAUAAGAGCUGAUAUAUCUGAUAUAGUACUUAAUAAGUUGGAUAAUGUAGACAAAAGUGAUAAUGUUGUUGGGGUAACCAAGCAUCUUUGUGGUGUUGCUACUGAUCUAGCCCUUAGGUGCUUGGGUAAUGCUGCUCAAAAUAAGGUAGCUGGUGGCGUCUUCACAUUCUGCUGUCAUCAUAGACCUACACUGCUGGACAAAACGUUGGAAUUUGAUAAUUUCACUAAUUAGAAGUCGUUGGCGAAUUUCGGUAGUCACACCCUUAAGCAAAAUUUCAUGGAAUGUGUGAAUUUAUAGAGUCCGCAUCAUUGUCUUCCAGAUGCCGCUGGACCUCAUAUACAGGCAAACAGUUCUUACAAGAAAACAACCUGACCCAGCAGGACUUCUACAUAAUGUGCGGAAUGGCCAGCUGGGCUACUUGCGGCACUGGCCUGAGUAGAGAUCGCAGGAAAGCAGAGGAUAUAGAACAACUGAAACAGAGUGAAAGAGACCUUGAAAUUGGUCUCACACGUGAUGAGAAAGCUGAAGUAGGCAGGAGAAGUAAAAAUGUUAUUAAUUAUGGACGAUUGUUUUACUUGAGCCAACUUGGCCUCAAAUGUCAUUUACAUUACUAUGUUCAUUCUCAAGUGACGCUAGAAAAUGUUUGUAUUGUUGCUCAUAGGUAAUAUCAGAUUUGGUUAAAAAAUACAGAGAAAAUUUUGAAAGAAGUUAGGUCUUGUUUCUAGCAAAGUGUGAGGUAUUGAUCAAGCUGAACCGUUAACAGAUCGCUUUUAUUUGAGUUGAGUGCGCAUUGCAUGUUGAAAAAACUAUAAUGGUGAUAGUCGAAGUUGAAAACUUCGCGUAAAAUACAUUUCAACUCCUAGAUAACAUACUUGUAAUCUAGGUUUGUAUUCUUAUCAGGUUUUCAAGUUUGGCAUGUGAAUGAUGGUAGAUCUCUGAUGCAUAUAAGCAGGUAUACAUGGUCAUUGCAAAACUCGGACUUAAAACUGAUUUUACAGAGACAGUGGAAUUCGAAAGUAAAAUCUAGUCAAAUACAAAUAAAACUCAAGUAUUCACAUUUUUUAUGUACUCAUAACUUAUAUUUAUUGACUUAUACUUUCUUGGACCUGACAUUUAUGAAAGUGAAUGUUAAGUUUGCAAAAAUUUAUUUACAUAAUAAAUAAAGCUUAACAAUACUAUGUCUUACAAUUCUACAUUCCUAAAAAAAUAACAAGAUCAAUGUUUGUCUAUAUAAAAAAGCAUUUGAACUAUCGGAAUAACGGUACAGUUUCCAUUGACGCUUUGAAGAAUGAUCCGAUUUAUUAUCUAGUUCAAGGUACGCGUCCACGGGUACAACUGAUAGAAUGAAAUCGAGCCUACGGGAUUGGUGAAAUCGCUGGUGACGCACCCGCUGAUCGACAAAUCUGGGCAAAUAAAUCUGAAAUCUAAUGAGG